CUUGCGUUUCGGAGCUGUGAGAACAAACUGCUAGGAGGGGCAUAGUCUUACUUCUGGUGCAUGCAAACACUUCUGCAGUAUCAGCUUGCAUCAUCUUUGGGAAAGUUCUGCCUGUCUUAAGAAUGACCAGGAAGAUCUUCACCAACAGUAGGGAGAGGUGGAGACAGCAAAAUGUCAACAGCGCAUUUGCUAAGCUUAGAAAGCUUAUUCCCACCCACCCUCCAGACAAAAAGCUCAGCAAAAAUGAGACCCUUCGUUUGGCCAUGAGGUACAUCAAUUUCCUUGUGAAGGUGCUUGGAGAGCAAGGCCUGCAGCAGACAGGGAUGGCUCCGCGAGGAAGGAUACUUGGGCUGUUCCAACAGAGUCCAAGUUUGGAAAGCAUGGAAGAAUUGACUCUCAUUGAAGACUCUGAGGUCCCUUCUCCCAACACAAGCAGCAACGCUCCAGAGUGCUGGUCAGAAACAUCCUCUCCAUGAUGACCCAUCAGCUGCGCCUGGUGGUAGUCAUUUGAUAGUCUCCUUCCUUUAUAUAAGUUGUGGGUUGUUUGCCUAUGUAUAUUUAUUUAUUUAUUUGCUCUUUUAUGAAGUGAAUUUGGUGUAAUGGUUUCUCUGGAAGAUAGUAAUUUUCAGUAAUUAGAAGAGGAAUAUUCCAUUUCUGGAAGACAAGUGGCAUUCCAGUGAUACAACCUGCCUCCAUAUCUUUGAUGCCACCGUCAGGUAUCUUUGAUAUGGGUCACACAAAGCCAUUGGUGGCAAGAACCGUUCACUACUGCUUGCCGUUAUCAAAGAGAUAAUGAAACGUAUGGGCUUUGGACUCUGUACAUGCUCUGAAGCUGUGCAGAAAAUACCCAAAUCCACCAUAAGCCCCUCUAAUUAAUUUUUUCAAGCAAAUUUUGCUGGCAAAUGGCCCCAAAUGCACCCCCAAAAGGUAACAGUUUAACUUGCCUACCCCUCCAAAAACCCCAGCCUCCCAAUGUUGAAAAAAACAGGCAAAUUUGCCCAAAAUUGUAACUGGAAAUGACAUUAUGCCACUUCUGGGGUGCCCAGUUGUGCAGGUGUGGCCUAUGUUGGGCAUCAUAAGAGUGUUAAUUUGCCUCAGCCCCUCCUGCUUUAUCGUGGUGUAUAUUACCAGGGGCCAGUAGCUUGUGGCUGAUAAGCAAUAGAACCCAUAGAUCCCAGUCAUACAAUUUUUGUGUGGGUCAGCCCUUUCUUGAAGAAGUAUGGACCCAAGAGCCUCCCUACCUCCUGUAAUGUUUGACAUGAGCACCUUAGAUGAUCUCCUGCUUUGUGAUACAGAA